UGUUGGAGGAAAAGGGAGCCCGGAAGGUCCUGGUUUUGGCGCCGACUCCACUGCCGCCAGCCUGCUCCGCGAUGCUGGUUGUUGGCUCCGAGCUGCAGUCUGGCGUUCAGCAGCUGGGCGCAGAAGCCCCGCAGCAUGGAGAACUCCAGUACCUGAAGCAGGUGGAGCACAUUUUGCGCUGCGGCUUCAAGAAGGAGGACCGCACGGGCACUGGCACCCUGUCGGUGUUCGGCAUGCAGGCACGAUACAGCCUGAGAGAUGAAUUUCCUCUGCUUACAACCAAACGAGUGUUCUGGAAAGGUGUUUUGGAGGAGUUGUUGUGGUUUAUCAAGGGAUCCACAAAUGCUAAAGAAUUGUCCGCCAAGGGAGUGAGAAUUUGGGAUGCCAAUGGGUCCCGAGACUUUUUGGACAGCUUGGGAUUCUCUGCCCGACAGGAAGGGGACCUGGGCCCAGUUUAUGGUUUCCAGUGGAGGCAUUUUGGAGCAGACUACAAAGAUAUGGAUUCAGAUUAUUCGGGACAAGGAGUAGACCAGCUGCAAAAAGUGAUUGACACUAUUAAAACCAACCCUGAUGACAGAAGAAUCAUCAUGUGUGCCUGGAACCCAAAAGAUCUUCCCCUGAUGGCACUGCCUCCUUGCCAUGCCCUCUGUCAAUUCUAUGUGGUGAAUGGGGAGCUAUCUUGCCAGCUUUACCAGAGGUCAGGAGAUAUGGGUCUGGGCGUGCCCUUCAACAUUGCCAGCUAUGCUCUGCUCACCUACAUGAUUGCACAUAUCACGGGUCUGCAGCCAGGUGAUUUUGUCCAUACUUUGGGAGAUGCACAUAUUUAUCUGAAUCAUAUAGAGCCCCUGAAAAUUCAGCUACAGCGAGAACCAAGACCUUUCCCAAAACUCAAAAUCCUUCGAAAAGUUGAGACAAUCGAUGAUUUCAAAGUUGAAGACUUUCAGAUUGAAGGGUAUAAUCCACAUCCAACAAUUAAAAUGGAAAUGGCUAUUUAGAGUGCUUUCAGUGAUGCUGUGAAUAUCACCAGUCUUUCAUCUAAAGUGCCAUUGAGAAACUGCCUUUCCUUUAGUAUUUACUGAAGGAGAUUCAGUGUAUUUCUCUAACCCUGAAAUAUGUUAGUGUUCAUUUAUAAAUGUUUUAUAUGCUAUAACAAUAAUUGCUUUACAUUUGUCUGUUUCUAAAACAGUUUUUGUGUGAGCAUAUAGGUCAGAGAGAGCUCAAUUUGAGUUUAGGCUUAGUGUCUCAGGCUCAGUUUCAUCCUAGAAUAGAUUGACCUGAAAACUUAAUGCCUUCAUUAGCUUAUUAUUGAGACAGUCUUAUGUAUCUCAGGCUGACCUCAAACACUUGGUAGCUGAGGGUGAAUUUAUUCCUCAUGCUCCUGACUCUCCCUUUUAUCUGCUGGGAUUAUAGGCAUGGACUAUUUCUUUCUGCUGCCUGCAGAUCAAGAUAUGGCCAUAUCAGCAGCCCAGGACUUAUAAAAACAAAACCCAUAAGAUUAUUCUGCCUACGUGUAGACAGGGUCUCAUUUUAACAUAUAUGUCUUGCAGUUGUCCUAGUCAUCUUUUUGAGCAGAGCAAGCAAGUUUGAUUACAAAGGCAAAAGUGGCAGUCUGACCUUUUAUCUUGCUAGAACAGCAAAUUUUAUAAGACCAGUCAGCUUUAGACUUCAACAUCUGGUUAAUAAAAAGGAAAGUGGACAGACUAUAUACAGUCUGUAUAAGCUAAGGGUUUAUAUGCUAGAGGCAUGUGAAUGUCAUGUUAACUAUCACAAGAUAUGGUUUAAAUCACAUUUUAAGAUUUGUUUGGGGGUAUGUAUGGGAGGACAUGUCUCACACUUUCGCCCUGGCUAGCCUGGAGCUAAGUAUGCGGCCUCAGGCUUGUGACAGCACUUAACUGGGAGCGCCAAUGCCUGGCUAAGACAGUUUUAUAAGAGUUUUGCAGUGUGAAGAAAUAUGAUUUGUUUCCAUUUAAUUUCAGUGGGGUGAUAAGUCUCUAAAAUGCUUAGACUGAAAUUAUUUCAGGACAAAGCAGUGGAUCCUUUUUGUUGCACUUAGUACUGCAGAACCAGUUUUAUUCUGAUUUAUAACAAGUAUUAGAAUGAGGAAUUAUUACAACAAAUUUUUUUUUAAAGUAAAUUUGCUUUACAUUUAAGUAGAAUACUGACUUGUUGACUAUCAACUGAACUGUGAUCACAGCUGAUUCCUGAGGUGAAUAUGACUCAAGGCUAGACUUGAUUUUUUUAAGCAUUUCACUUCAGACAAAAAGUGUUAGGGUUAGGCCUGAACACAUAAAUCUUGAGCAGCAAGGAGUUCUUCCAGAUUUCUCCAUCUGGGUAUUGGUGUUUCUUUACAGAUUUUUCCUUCAUUUCUGUUGAGUAGCCUGCGUACUAGCAGAGACAGAUUGACACAUGUUAACACCGAUUCUGCUGCUAAAUCUAAUUUAGAGGUAAUUCAGUAUUUAAGAAAUGGGCUGGAGAGAUGGCUCAGCAGUUGAGAGUGCUUGCUGCACUUCCAAAGUACCAGUGUAGUUUAGCACCUAUGUUAAGCAACCUUUUGUAAUUACAGUUCCAGAUUUCCUUCUUUGGCCACCAAGGGCGCCUACCCACAUAUAUACACGUAAUUAAAAAUAAAACUUUAAUAUGCAAGGGUUUUUGUUUGUUUGUUUGAAAGAAGAUUGAGGGCCAUACUUUACUGGCUACUUAACCAGGAUGGUCAGUGAAAGUAAAACUUCAGUAGUUUAAUAUCUGUUGGUGCUAAUGAGCCAUAAUCUGGAUAAAAUCAGGAUAAAUGGCCCAGGUUAUCAAUGUGCAGAUGCUGCUGGCUUUUGGGAAGAAGGAAUGUGUGUUUGUUUUAAGGGCUCAGCAACUGGAAAUAUGACAAUAGCUCUGUGUCUUAAGAUUUCUGUUGUGGCUAGGCGGUGGUGGCCCACGCCUUUAAUCCCAGCGCUUGGGAGGCAGGCGGAUUUCUGAGUUCUAGGCCAGCCUGGUCUACAGAGUGAGUUCCAGGACAGCCACGGCCACACAGAAACCCUGUCUUGAAGAAAAAAAAAAAGAUUUCUAUUGUGAUAAAACUGAUAAAAGCACCUUGGGGAGGAGAUAAUUUAUGUCAGCCUAUAUCUCAGGUCACACUCGAUCACCAAGGGAAAUGAGAGCAGGAACUAAGGCAGAGGCUAUUGAGGAAUGCUGCUUAUUUACUGCUUUGUUCUUAAUGGCUUGCUUAGUUUACCUUAUAUCAUCUUGGACUAUACCUGUUCAGGUGUGGAUCCACCUUAUGUCAUCUAGGACUAUACACUGUCCCCUAGUAAGCUGGGCCCACCCAUAUCAACAUCAAUUAAAAUGCAUCUUAGUCUUGCCUACAGGCCAGUCUUGUCAUUUUCUCAAUUGAGGUUCCCUCUUCCGUAAUGAAUCUAUCUUGUGUCAAGGUGACAUAAAACUAGUUGCACUCUGACCUUCCUUGAUACUCAUUACUAAAGAGCCAUUUGUUAUUGAAAAUCAAUUCUUUCAGAGACACAAUGGCUUCUGGCAGCAUGUCUGCAGCAUGUCCUAGGCCUCAACUUACCUUGGGAGGCAGAUAUGAAGCAUGUUUGAUUACCAUAGGAUAUUUGAAAUGUUCAUGCAGAUGGUCCACAUAUUCACACAUCCUAGGAAAUUGGAGCAUUAGUGCUUGAAAUUAGAUAACUUAUAAGGUAGCAACUAUGAAAGCAGAAAAGUAUCCUUAAAUGGUAGGCUGAGGAAAUGGCUCAGUGGGUAAAGCAUUUGAAAGCAUAAGGAUCUAGAUUUGAUCUCAGGAACCCAUAUAAAGCUGUGUGGAAGGGCAUGUGUACAGUGAGAUGGGAGGUGGUGACAGAAGAAUCCCUGGAGGCUCGGGUGGGCCAGUUCGCUGCUGUUCAUAGUGGUAAGCAACAAAGAGACCCUAUCUCAGAUUGGGUAGGGAGGUGAAGACUAACAUCUGGGGUUGUCCCCUCCACAACUCUGCCUGCACUCAGCAUGAUACACACAAACAGACAUGAUUCCUUUGCUAGCAGAACUCUUGUCUUGUAUGAAAUCCUAGGUUUGAUCCCCAAGCCUUGGCUGUUACUGCAUGUGUAUAUGCAAAGGGAGUAGCUGAGAUAUACUGUGAAGUUACCUUGAAAGUUUUGUAGUACCCCCACAUCAAUUCAAAUUGCAGAAACUUGGGAUUAUUGUGAUUCCUAAUGCCAAAUGUUAACUAGAUUAAACUGCCAAAUGAGGUUCCUUCUACCUGUUCAGAUGAUUAAAUGAAAAGUACAGGUUUGGAAUUGUAUCAACCUAUUAAAUACAUUAAAAUUC